AUGUCCCACUGCUGCAAUCCACACGGAAGCCCUGUGCUCGUUGGGGUUUUUGGCGGUUCUGGUGUCUAUCAACUGCACAACCUGAAUGAAGUGAAGUAUUACGCCAUUGAAACCCCUUUUGGGCGUCCCAGUGGCGAUAUCUGCGUGGCUAAAGUCGGAGGCGUUGACUGUGCCUUCCUACCCCGUCACGGUGUUGGUCACGUACUGAACCCGUCGGAGGUGAACUACCGCGCCAAUGUGUAUGCAAUGAAGUUGCUUGGGGUGCGCUACCUCAUCGCCAUUAACGCCGUGGGCUCACUGGACAGCAACUACCAGCCGGGCGACCUUGUGCUGGUGGACCAAAUCAUUGACCGCACGACAGGACGCAAAUCGACGUUCUUUGAGGACGGCAUCGUUGCCCACUGUGACUUUGCCUUUCCGACAUCGGCGGCCUUCCGCAAACUCGCACGGGACGCCGUGCACCGCACAUUUCCCGGUCUUGCGGCAGGGACGGAAGGGUGGCGGCUGCAUGAACAGGGCACAAGUGUGACGAUGGAGGGGCCGCAGUUCAGCACAAAGGCAGAGUCGCUUAUGAACAAGCAGCUGGGCGGCCACCUCAUUGGGAUGACAACCGCAACAGAGGCAAAGCUUGCACGGGAGGCGGAGAUGGCGUAUCUUGUUAUUGCCAUGGUAACGGACAUGGAUGCCUGGAGCGAUGCCCCGCAUGUCACUGAGGCGAAUGUGAGGAAGACGCUCGAGCAGAACGUUGACAAAUCGCGGACUUGCACACUGGAAGUCAUCUCUGCAUUGGGCAAGGAUUUCUUUGCUGAUCCCGCGCACAGUCUACUAAGUCACGCCAUCACCACCUCCCCAUCGGCCAUAUCAAAAGAAGUGCGUGAGCGGCUUGCGGUGCUCCUGGCGUCGUGCCCGCAUCUCGCCCCAUGA